CGUAUCUGCAUGAGUGUCCUGUGGGAAAGGUGGUUAAUUGAUGCAGGUUUUGCAAUGGAACAGGUAUGGUUGCUGCUCCUGCUGACGAUUAAAGUGCUUUCAGUGACUGCUCAGUUCAAUGGAUACAACUGUGAUGCUAACCUCCAUAGCAGGUUUCCUGCUGAACGAGAUAUUAAUGUUUUCUGUGGAGUACAGACAAUUACUAUGAAGAUAAAUUUUUGCACAGUUCUUUUCUCUGGUUAUUCUGAGACAGAUCUGGCACUGAAUGGGAAACAUGGGGAUGCCCACUGCAGGGGUUUCAUCAAUAACAACACCUUUCCAGCAGUGGUCAUUUUCAUCAUCAAUCUGAGUACUUUGGAAUCUUGUGGAAACACUUUAGUGGUAUCCUCAGCUCGAGGUAUCAAUGCUUAUGGAAAUACCUCAGUGAUACAGAUAGGUAAUGUUUCAGGCUAUAUUGAUACGCCAGACCCACCAACAAUUAUCAGCUAUUUGCCUGGGCUUCUGUACAAAUUUAGCUGUAGCUACCCACUGGAGUACUUGGUUAACAAUACCCAACUUGCUUCGUCAUCAGCUGCUAUUUCUGUAAGAGAGAACAAUGGUACAUUUAUCAGCACUUUGAAUUUGUUGCUUUACAAUGAUUCAACAUACAGCCAGCAGCUCCUUAUUCCAAGUACAGGUUUACCUUUGAAAACCAAAAUAUAUGCAGCUGUAAGAGCAACCAACCUUGAUGGAAGGUGGAAUGUUUUGAUGGACUACUGUUACACCACUCCAUCUGGUAAUCCUAACGAUGAUCUUCGAUAUGAUCUUUUUUUAAGCUGUGACAAGGACCCGCAGACAACGAUAAUUGAAAAUGGCAAGAGUCAAAUGGGCCGGUUUUCCUUUGAGGUGUUUCGCUUUGUGAAACACAAGAACCAGAAGAUGUCAACAGUCUUCCUUCACUGUGUGACAAAGCUGUGCAGAGCAGAUGACUGUCCCUUUCUUGUGCCAAUUUGCAGUAACAGAGAAAAGAGAGAUGCUGGUGGGAGGACAACUUGGAGCCCUCAGAGCACAUCUGGCAAUGCUGUAAUCUCUGCUGGCCCCAUCAUUACAAGGAGUGAUGAGACGCCAACCAACAAUUCAGAGCUCGCUCAUCCAAAUGGACCUCCUUUCCAGAUGAACUCAGUCACCAGUGCGCUGAUUUCAGGCAUUGUUGUCCUAGGAAUAUCAAGCAUUUUCUUUUUUGUAUGUUCUCUAACUCUUCUGCACAGGAAUUGGCCCAACAGUUCAGUCCCGAGUGGCAUCCGAAACCCAGUUUUCAACUGAAAGUGAUGAUUUAUUUGCACUUUUUCUUUGGGGUUGCCUUUCUUGUCUGUGAAAUAUGAUUCCAUUAAAAAGUAAUAUGAAGGCAACACUCCAGUGGUAUCCAGCUUCUAUUCCGGUUAUUAUACAUUUUUAGAUUUGCUAGAUGUUGUGUAGGUA